AUGGACUACAAGAAACUCGGCCAGUCAUCAUUAUCACGGCCCCGAGAGCCCCAAAAGGGGGCACGCGGCGCUGGCAGGGCUAAAUCGAGGGUCAAGUCAGGAUGCCGGACGUGUAAAAUCAGAAAGGUCAAGUGUGACGAAGGCCGACCAUCAUGCACUCGCUGUGUCUCGACUGGCCGUGUAUGUGACGGUUACGGAGUCUGGGGAGGCGGAGGCAGGGCGCAUACAAGCAGCAGCAGCAGCAGCAGCAGCAGCAGCAGCCCUAUCAAGCCAAGUCUCGUACCGGCUACGCCCAGGCCCACAACCCAGGACGAGCAGUGCUCUCUGGAGUGGUUCCGCUCCCGCACUGCCGUCAAGAUCGGAGGGCCCUUUGUCUCGCCUUUCUGGAGCACCCUGGUCUUACAAACGGGCCUGCAGGAGCCGUGUGUCUUCAACGCCAUGCUGGCUCUGAGCUCAGCGCACAGGCGGGUCUGUAUCGGGAGCUAUGAGGUAGGGUCUGAGGCGGCUCCGGACCCUUUGGAGCAGUUCACACUGCGCCAGUACAGCAAGGCCAUCGGGCACCUCCUUGAACGGCAUGCCGUUGUUGUUCCCCACGAAAGAUCCUCGAUUCGCGUCGCGCUGGUGACAUGUUUGUUGUUUGUCUGCCUGGAACUGUUGCGCGGUCGAUACCAGGCUGGCAAUAUCCACUUGCAAAACGGGGUCAAGAUACUGGCCCUGCUGAACAAGGACAUGGAGCAGCAGCAAGAGCAUGGAGCAGCCGAGGGUGUGCAACACAACCAUACGCUGUCAAACAGGGAUCGUGCUGAUGACUGGAUCACGGAUGCUUUUACGCGCAUGAGGUUGCCUGCGGUGCACUGUGGUCAAGGGGACUGGCUUCCCCCAGGUAAACAGCGCUCCCUAAGCAGCAAGCUCCCGGCCACCUUUGCGUCGAUGGCCCAGGCAAGGCAAUCAUUGGAAAGCUUCUUUGUCCAUGUCUUGCAUCUGAAACGACAGGCUGAUCGCGGGGUCGCCAUUGAUAACAACUUUGCGACAUCAGCCUCGAAAGUAAAGAGUCUGGCUGAUAUCCAAUGUCGUCUCAAAGCGGGCCUGACAGCAUGGCUGACCACGUACGAGGCAUCAAGGGGAAAGCUCGAGGCCCAGAUGACUGCCGUCUCGAGGAUUGGGUACGAACUGCUCUUCCUGUACUAUCUCAUGGCCUGCAUCAUGGCCGAUACGAGCCUCAGAGCAGACGACGAGAUGGCCUUUGAUUCUCAAGUUGCACGUUUCGAGAGCCUGGUUGCCCAUGCAGACGGGGUCCUCGAGGCGAUCCAGGCAGUUCACGCCACAGAAGAUCCCAUACACGGACUGGGUGCCAGGUACUGUCUUUUCACUGCCGAUGUUGGCUGGGCGCCGCCUCUCUACUAUACGGCCAUACAUUGCCGGAUCUACCGCGUGAGGGUCCGGGCUAUCGAGCUCUUGCGUGCCCUCCCCAGCAGGGAAGGUGUUUGGGACUCGUUAUUUGCAGCACGUGUGGCGCAAGAAGUCUUACAGGUGGAAGAAGAAGAAGAAGAAGAAGAAGAAGAAGAAGUGGCAACUGGCCGGGAUAUCUUCUCAAGAGGUGGCCAUGCAUUGGAGGCUCGACCUUCUCCUGACCUAAAUCUCCCUGACGGGCUGUCAUCAUCACGAAGAGUCUUUGAUGUCCACGUCGUCUUGCCGGAAAGUAUGGAUACGAAGGUGACUUUGACCUGUAAACGAAGGGAGGACGAUGGGAGUUGUCAACACAUGACCAGAGAAAUUUAUCUUGAUACUCCACGUGGUAGACAAGGAACUGGCUGA